AUGAACCCUCACGUAGGAAAAUGGAAUGACAAAGCGUGUUGGAGGUUUUAUUCUUACGUUUGUGAAAGCAACGGUAAUACAAUUUUUUAAGAUUAUACGAUCAAAGCGUAAAAAGCCAAAGCAAAACUGUAAAUCUGAUACCUACAGUAAUAGCAACGAUAAUUUUGAUCGCUUAACCCUAUUCAAAGUUAUCUUGACAUGUAAGUCAACUAUGAAGUUACUAUGACAACCGUUUCAACAGCCAUGUUAUUAAAAUUUGCAUUUUCCAGAGAGAAAAUAAGUUCCUUUUCUGUUUUAACUGAAUCAUAAUGUUACACUUGAAUAUUAUUUUACCAAAUUUAUGUAACUGUGAAUGCAAUACUCUCAGAAGCAAAAUAGCAGAUGCCGGUUUAGUUUCAACAGUAUUCAUUUCUGCAGCUAGAAAACAAAGAAAAAAAAUUUCACAGGUUUUUACACCGACGAUGACCCCAAACCGGUAGUAAAAAGGUUCUCGAUUCAUUCAAGCCAGGGCAAACCAUAUGAGAACUGUAAGAUAUGAUCUAAUAAUUAAGAUGCUGAUGUUUUAAUUCGACUAGUAAUUAUUACUAAGGAAGGCAAUAUGAUUAAAAAUUGUGCAUUUAAUUCUGCAGCAUGCGGUUCAGUGGUAAACAGUACUACACUUUCAAGCGUAGGAUAUCCGAACUACUAUCCAGAAAACAUGAACUGUACUUGGACUUGGGAAAUUCCAAAAGGAAAAAUUUUGAAAGUCACCUUUGCAUUACUCGACAUAGAACCUUGGUGGGAUUGUUGGUAGGCGAUUUAAAUGUUUUCUGAAAAUUAUGGGUCCUUGAGUCACAUCCACCGGAAAUCAGUUCUACAGAGCUUAACUUCUGCCAACGGGCACUUCCCCUUAGUGAGCAUUUUUCAAAGUCCCAUUGGGGUGAAGCGCACAGUUCUUUUGUUCAUUUGACAAUGACAGCUCUAAGGCUUGGAUCUUUUGGGUCAUGUGAUAAUACUCCACAGAAAUAUAAACUUCGUUUUACUUACCUGCAUAUGUACGCAUAAUUUAUGAAAGAAUCCAAAAUUUAUUUAUAAUGUAUUGUAGUGGAGUUUGCUCUGUGAGUAAUCCAGGCCUCUUGGCAAAGUUUAUAAAUAAAUAAACAAAUAUGUUAUGACAUCUUACUGAGACCUUCUUUUCGAAAACAAAAAAGGUAAAUAGUUAAAUAUUAGGUAAAGAGAAAAAGACACCUGCGAGCUGGGGUUAUUAAUUUAGAACAAAUUCGUUCCCAGGGUCCUCUCCUACUCGGCCCCCGUGGCGGAGAGGACCCUGGAAACAAGGUUGAAUUUAGAACACACCCGUCUGCCAAGAGGGGCGUGAAUUUUCAUUGGUAUUUACCUUUAAGCAAAUAUUCAAGCACGCUUGUUAUUCUGCUUCCAAAAAAACUGUUUCUUCUGACAGUUUAGUUGAAACAGUUUGCUGAAAACAGCUUCUAUUCUAGCUUGAACAUUUUCCAGAGUUUUAUUGUCAUAACCAAUUAACCAUAACGCAUUGAUUCUUUUUCUAGAAGAACCAAGGUGUUUUUACUGUUUCAAUGUACCCACUAUAAAACUUCUUCGUCAGUGUUAAAGGAAAGGCUUCUUUAUUAUUUGGAAGAUAAACAGGCUUGGACACUUAAUUUUCUUGUAGGAGGGACUAUUUGAGCAUUUACCAUCAACGCAAAGUUCUGAUUGGCAGAUACUGCGAUAAUUUAAAGACCAAUUUGGCAGUGAUGGUUGCCGGGGAUUACACAAUGAUUGAAUUCCACUCGAAAAACUUUACGAGAGAAAAGCGUGGAUUCAGAUUGCAUUUCAGUGAAAUGCCACGAAGUGGUAAGUGCAGAGGGACCCAAGCGUAAUUCAAUUGUAUGGGAAAUAAUCCUCAAUUUUAAUCUACUCUGCACGCAAGCAGAAGCCCUUCGAUUUUACUGGAUAAGCAAAGUCUGGACGCUAUCUAAACUGAUGGCUAUUAUUUAAAAUGAAGUAUUAGAUCCCCAGAGGCGAUAUUUUACACAUCACGUAUGCCGUUUGUAGGGAUUGUCACAACUGCUUACUGUUAAAAGUUUACGCAAGUUGCAAAAUGUCAAAACACGUCGAAAUCCUAACAAAUGCCCUUCCCCGACUUACCCUAACAAACACACACACUACGAUGGGUGUAUCGACUUGCUCUAAGUUCGAGGGCUAGAACUGUUGUUAUACUUUGAGCCAGUGGAGUAGCUAAACAGUUUGUGUAUCCUGCAUCACAGGCGUUAGAUAGCGACUGAAACAUGGACCGCAAAGGAGUUAUUUUUGAACUUGAUUGCAGUCAUCCUCGGAGACCCAGGGGCAGAUAGUUGGGGCGAGAGAAAGUCUAAACGGGCGGAAAAUAUGGCACGAAGAAAAGUAAAGAACGGCGAGAAGAGCCCCUUGGGACAAUGUCUUACCAGACUAGUUCCAAACGGUCGCCGCCGUUCUGCCUUCUGAUUGGGCAGAAAAACACAAACGUUUUCUGGCACCAAUCAGAAGUCAGAACGGCGGCGACCGUUUGAAACUAGUCUGCUAAGACAUUGUCCCCAGGGGCUCUUCUCGCCGUUCUUUACUUUUCUUCGUGCCAUAUUUUGCCGCCCGUUUAGACUUUCCCUCGCCCCCACUAUCUGCCCCUGGGUCUCCGAGGAUGGAUUGCAGUUAAAUUUUACUGAGCAAGAUCCGCCUUUGCUUACUGGAGAAUCGAAUAUGAAUUUAAACAAUGAAAACGCCAUGCGCUCGCGUUACAAACUUGAUAAAAUAUUAUCUAAUGCUUGGUGGAAAGGAACGUCGUCCAAAGGACAACGCAUUUAAAAGCGAAGCCUUCGAGGGAGGCAAGAAUUGUCGAGAAGAAAAACUUAGCUGGUUUUAUACGUUCACAGUCAUCAGCUUCAGCGGUAUUCCGGAACAUUGGAUAAUAUUUUACCAGGUCAAAAUGGUGUUCUACUUGAUUUAACAGUAGAAGUAAAAGGCGAUGCGCGCUAAAAAACUGUAAAAUUUAACUACAAUCAACAAUCAAGGUCACAGAUAACUCCUCUGCACUCUGUGGCAGAAACAAUAAUAAUCCAAACGUAACUGCGGCAAUGCAAAAGACGUUCCGAUAAUCUCUCACUUUCUUCAACAGACCUAUGCGGUUCAGCGAUGAAUAAUAUUGUGAGAUCCCCUGUAUACGUACAAAGUUAUCCACCAAAUAUGCACUGCGUCUACAAUAUAUCAGUUCCACAUGGCAAGCUGCAAAAGCUUGUAUUUCAAAUAUUUGACCUGGCAAUUGAUCCAGAAUGCAGGUUAGAGCCUAUUUUCCAUACAAUCUGUUAGAGAACGUAGUAUUAUUGAGAAACUAUUUUUUUUUUUUACAAUUUUCAUUGGUAUGAGCGCUAAAUGACAAAUUAUUAUCAAUGAGGACACUUAAUUUUCUAGCUGUCAUUUUAAUGUCAAUUUAAGGUUCUACAAACGUGAUGCUUCCACCAAAAGAUGGUUGCCUUCUAAAUCUCGAAGUGAAGUGUAGCGGUUACUCGUGAGCCUAUGUUCUUAUAGUGUUCCAUGAAAAAAGUAUGCUCCGAUAUAAUUAACACACUCACAUCAUCAUUCGAGUUGUUAGGGUUUCUAGAAACAAAAUUUGACACUCGUCAGCAUAGAGCAUGCAAAUAAAGUUUUGAUGAUUACUUCUUGAAAGAGGUGCAACAUAGAAAGCAAAAAGUAAAGAUCCAAGGCUGGAUCCUUGUGCGACACCACACUCAAUACAUUCGGACAAAGAUGUGCGGCUUAAUGUUUAUUUGCACUGUAAAGGAGCAGAGAGAAUGAAUUUGUUUAAUGUAAACUCGUGAAAUAUUGAUUGUUUCCUUUGCAGGUUUAACUACUUGAACAUUUCAGAUGGUAAUCAUCUCAUCGGCCAUUACUGCGGUAAUUUAACGGGAAAAGUUAUUGUUGUUUCACAAGACUAUCUGGUGUUAACAUUUCAUUCAAACGAGAACUUUGAUCCUAACAAAAAAGGAUUUGAGAUAUUCUUUACGGACGAUGUAAAUAUGCCUGGUAAGUGAAUAUAACAAUCUUCUAUCAAUAAUACUAUGCCAAUUUAUAUUAGAGUCCAGACACAUCACGGGAAACUUAUUUACAGUGUUUCUCCAACAUGGCGAGCGGUUUUGAAAAUUUAUAAACACGGUUAUUUCGGUUAACAACUAAAAAGGGCAAAAAUCGAGACCAAGAUGCCUAAACAUCAGUACUCGCUCAGGGCUCGUUUUCCCCUCUUUUGCUUUUACCACAUUUUGACGUCAUCAGUGAUUUAUGAAUGAACACAGAACAGGCACAAAACAUCCUUGAAUAUAUAUGUUAAAAAAAGUCAAGAGAAAAAGGUUAGGAGAAUUAAUAUGAUAACCAAAGGGAAAAUUCGGCUUUGACCUUUUGUCCAAUGAAAGUGAACCGAGAUGACAGAAUGACAAAUUGUCUUUGCGGGCGAGUAUAAUUGUCAAGGAAAAACUUCAGUGUUAUUUUAAGAUUGCGCUCUAAAAAGGGGACGGCUACGUAUGGAAACACCAGCGAAAACAGCCGACAUUUUGCGACCUCCCAGGUUUCCCUGCGAAAUGAAGUGUAAGGAACGACUGCGGAAAUUUCACACUGAUUCCAUCGCAAGAUCUAGGUAGUGCCUCUGAUUGGUUUUAAUUAGUAACAUUUCGCGGCACAUCUAGACUCACCCGUGCUCUCGACCUACUGCUGUGACUCAAACCAAGAAUAAGAGACUGCUCGCAGUCUAAGGCACAACUAAUUAGAAGCACUACCAAGACCUGGGUACACGUAUGAAAUUUUUUUCACUCAUCCAUUAGACGUCAUCUUACGGAGAAACCAGUGCUGGGGUCGCGAAAUGUUGGCUGUUUUCUCAGGCCACCUAUUGAAUAAGCUUUACUUUGACUAUAUGUUUCAGCGCCUUGUCCAGUAGGAUGGACAAGCCUUUAUGGUUCUUGCUACAAAAUAUCUUCCAACGAAUCGGACUGGAACUCAGCAAAGGCAACCUGCGAAGAACUGGGAUCAAGUCUUGUUAUUCUGAACUCACUGGCUAAAAUACAAGAGCUCAUUAAAAGAACAAAUGGGCAGACGUGGAUUGGUUUACAGAGGGAUCUCAGGAACAGUUCACGCUGGCAAUGGGUUGAUGGGUCCUCCGCAUUUUAUAGCCACUGGUUGAGUGGAGAGCCAAACAAUUACGGAAAUAGUGGCGAAGAUUGUGUAGUAAUGAACCCUCACAUAGGAAAAUGGAAUGACCGAGGGUGUGGGAAAUCUCAUUAUUACGUUUGUGAAAUCAACGGUAACACAACUUUCUAUGAUAAUAAGUACAAUCAAAAAGUAAAGUAAAUUGUAAAUUGUUUAUCUAAGAUCGCAAUAAAUCUGGGUAUUUCCCGGUAGACUUCUUGUAUUAUAAUAAAACGAAAAUCUUUUUUUUUUUUCUAGCGACAACAACUUUUGAUUCCUCUGCUUAUGAUAAUAUUCGUUCAUUUCAGAAAUACUAGAGACCUUUAGAUUGUAGGGCGAGAACAACUACGAGUACGAGAUUUCAUUUAAAGUUUUUUCGCGUAUUCUCAAAUAAUGGAUACCGGGAAUAGCUUCAUUCUACAUCGCUUUCACCCAAAAAAUUAGCGCUGUUAUCUUUAUCGAAAGAGGUUAAGCUCCCAGCUGCAAGGUAAAAAAACCUAUAACACCUCAGGGUCCAGAGGAGUUUCGUGUGAAUAAACGAAUAACUUAUUUACAGUCUCACCUUGUCUAUACCUGUCGCUUAGCACGAUUAAUUAGCCCAAUGGGAUCUUUAUAAAUCUACUGUAAACGAUUUCUUCGCUUCUUAUCUGACCCAGAUCGACUUUUGAAAAUCAAUAACCGCAAGCCAUAUCCUCGCUGGCGCACGGCACGUCGCCCGAUCCCGAGGGGUGACCGAAGGGCAACCGAGGCACGAAGUGCCGAGUAAAAGAAAGGACAAGAGAGAAAACUUGUACCACGUGCCUUCGUUCGCUGUGAACCGCAUCACUCGGUGACGGAAGUGAAUGAGACCGGAAACGCAAAAGCAACAGUCGCGGCUGCUAUUUCGAGAAUCAAAACAUCAGCUGCGGAGAGAGUUUUAAAGAUCUCAGAGAUCUAUGCGAAGGCAACAGAGUUUUAAUUGAAGUGAAGAUCUUUUAAGACUGGACAUUUGUUGUACAUGUCAACAGUCUUCGAUGUCUUAAGCAGGUUUUGCUUGUGCGAAGGCUUCCCAGUAAUCGCAAAAUGCACAGCCAAAGACGCAAGAGGUAAUAUAUAUAGUUGGACCACCGAAGAAUGGCACAGUCGUGAUGAUAUUACAGUUGUCUUGUACGUCCGCUCUACUCAGUGUCACUUUUUAUUGCAAGAGUACACACGACCAAUAAAUCACUAUCCGUAAUAAUUUAACAUUCUCCAAACAAAACUAACGAGCUGGGCCCAGCGUGAUACAGCAUUGCAGAAAAACAUUACAUUCACGGACUGAAGAAAAUCGCUUAGUUAUUCAGAUCCAGAAGACACUUUGGAGAAAAUUGGAACACUUAUUCAGCCGUAAUAAAAAGCUUUACGCUUCAAAAGAGGUCAAAGAAAAUGCGCUUGUAUCAGAGGCAAAUCCUGCCGACCAGAAACAAUAAUAACAGUAAAUUGAUAUGUGUCAUGACCUCUCAGUGUAAAACAUGCGGCUAAAAUCACAUCCGCUCAGUGAAAAUGUAGAAUAUUCCGGAGCAUAAUCUACCCAGCAGAGGAAAAAAAACUUUAUUGGAACGAGCAGCAUUUUGGCAUGAGGAAAAAGUCGUGUAGGCUUCCCUUUUAUUGCUCCGAUCUUGAGCACAUUUACUUUACUACGUCAUUUCCGUCGUCAUCUGUUGCGGUGCACAGCGAACGAAAGCGCUAUCUCGAAGCCGUAAAUUUCGGUCGCCGAAAAUGAAUUUGGACGCUUUUUUUAUGCCGUUUUCCUACAGUAUUUGGCAAAUACAUAAGAAUUCUAGAUCAGGUUAGUAAAAUCAGGCGAUUUCAUUCAAUUCCAUUUGAGUCAGUCAGGGAUUCGAAAAUCGGCCCCAAAUUUGUUUCCUCGCUUUCCGUAUUUUAUACUGUAAGCCGAUCUUGCGAGCGCUCAGUCUCUUGGUUUGCGGUCUAUAGAAUGUGUAACGAAACCGUAACGCGAUCAAAAUAACCCAUUUUUUCAGAGGUUUUCGACGGGUUUUAAUGUUCUAACGACAAACACCUCUCCUCUGGACCCUGUGAUAACACUUUAUAAUAACUCACUUCUGUCCGCUAACACGCUAACUCGUAGUAGAAUGACGACGACUGUACGGCCAAAAUGACGCUGGUUCACACGCGCGCACUACUGAGUAUUGAAAAAAUCUGGUACUCGUAGUCGUACUCCUCUUAGAAUCUAAAAGUCUCUAUUUGUCUUUUGCAGGUUGCCCCCAGGACUGGAUUCAAAUCCUCGGCUUUUGCUACAGAGCCUCUUCUUACGCACUGGAUUGGUUCGCGGCAGAAUCGGCCUGUAAGGCAAUUGAAUCUAGUCUUCCUAAAGUGAAUUCACGUGCUGAACAAGAUGCCCUCGGCUCAUUUUUAACACAAAGCGCAUGGACUGGUUUGCACAGGAAUCCCAGUCACAAUUUAAGUGGGGUUGGUUUGGUCAAUGGUUCACAAGCUAGUUACGGUCAUGAAUUACGCAGUCAGUUGGAUAGUUUGACUGGCGAGGGAGAUUGUGUUGAGAUAAAUUCGAAGGGAAAACUGAAAAAUAGAGACUGUCGUCAUCACCAUCAGUACCUUUGCACAAUAUCGGCAGGUAAGUAACUCCAAGAAAACUUCAUGUGUUACUGGAAGCGGUGGAAUUUUUUUCCAGAUUAUGCUUGUGUGUAUUGUAUAGAGGUGCCAGUUAAGAAUCUUAAAAGGGUACCACCCUGUUGAAAGAUAUGAAAUGAAAAGAAGACAGAAAAAUUUUUUAGUACUUGAUUGCUAGGUCCAUUAAAGUCAACUGGAGCGACCCACUCAUAUACUUAUCACGACGUUUCCACAAUCAUCAAGUAAUUUUAGAUUCAUUGUAAAGUACUUUUCCAGCAAAAAUAAAUAAGCCCCCAGUAAAAAGCAAGAAAUGGAUUUUACUUUGCUUCUCUUUUACACUCGGUAUAUAUAUUUUCAAAAGGAACUAAGUGCAGAAAACCUUCACUGCGAGAUGAUGUGCGUGUUUCACCUUCUGAUUGUCUUUUACCAACUCACCCACAUGGAAAGAUUUGCUCUUUUUACUGCACCCGUGGAUAUCGAGUCAGCGGUCCUUCAUCUUCUCGUUGCGGGAUUGGUGGAUCAUGGACUGAAGAUGGCAACACCAUCAUUUGUGAUGGUUUGUAUCUUGAUAUUUUAAGUUUCACUUCCCUCCUCAAUUGUAGCUUUAAAAAUAAGCCAUUGUUUACAAGUUUUUGGAUUGCUGUCAACCCAAACCGAAAGCUAUUGACUUCUGCAGAUUAGGGCUUGUGGAUCAAGAUGACCCUCCAACAGGUUAAUCGGACGCCUUAUACCAAGUUUGUACAGCAUGUUUUUAAUUGUCAUCAUUAUAUAAAUAACUAGAGAUAAAUAAAUAACCUUUAGUUUUACAAUAAUUAACACCACCGCUACAACCAACACUGCCACCACCAUUACCACAAUUAUCAUCAUCGUCGUCAUCAUCACCAUCAUCAUUAACAACAACAACAACAACAUGGUGAUAAGCAUUGCUACAAUCAUUAGGACCACACAAGAAACAUAAUGGCUCUUGGACCGCAUCAUCUUCAUCAUCAUUACCUUUUACAUUCAUCAAACCCAGGUGCAUCGGUUAAUGUUACAGCCAAGACGAGUACUGUUGUUGUUUGUUUUUAUUCAAUAGAAUGUGAAGAAGCUCUCGGUAUGGGAGACGGAGAGAUCUCCAACGGGCAAGUCAUUGCUUCUUCGCAACUGGAUGCCGAGCAUGCAGCCAUCAACGGCAGACUAAAGGCUAUAAGAACUUCAAAUAAAGUAGGAUCGUGGUCACCUUAUACCAAUAAUGUUAAGCAAUGGUUGCAGAUAGAUCUGGGCAGUCAAAAGCGCACCCUCGUUGCACAGAUUGCUACUCAAGGAGAAAAUGCUAAUAGCCAGUGGGUCACACAUUACACAUUACAGUACAGCGACAACGGAGAUAAGUUCAAUGUUUACAAAGAGCUAGGACGAGGUAAAGAUAAGGUGAGAGGCCUCUUCUUCGCCAAAGUGAAAAAAAAAGCAGUUUAGCAUUUCUCCAGCAACCUUUAAAUACGUAUAUAUUUUGCUCGUGUGCACUUUUCGUCAGAGUAAAAUUAUGUCUAGCAACCCGCUUCCUUUGAGGAAUGCAGCAAGAAAUGAAUUUAUUGACUGAAUUUAACACUUGUGCGUCCUAUACCUGGAUUUUUCAGGUGUUCGAUGGCAACACAGACCCAGACACCAUUGUUUCUCAUAAACUAAAUCCACUCAUAAGAGCACGGUACAUCCGUUUCCUACCAACCGCUUGGCAUAAACACAUCUCUAUGAGGGUAGAACUCUUUGGAUGUAAAGGUAAUUAAUGAACAGAUGGCUUUCAAUAGACCACUUUUGAUAUAUUAAAAUUCAUACCUGGCUCCGGGGCUCGGGGAAUAAAACAAAAGAAAUGUAUAAUACAUUGCUGAACCUCAAGAUGAUUCAUCUUGUUUUAUUCGUCACCAAGCUCCGCAGCCAAGUAUGAAUUUUAAUACACCGGAAUUGGCCUCAGUAUUCAAAGUAUCCCUCCCAAGCAGUUUACAUUUAUCUCAGAUACAUUUUGACGAAAAUUUGGGGACAGACAGUUGCUUAUUUUGUUUACGAGAUAUGAAACUACUCAUGAAGAGGGUUCAAUCAAUUCCGAACAGUUAUAACAGGUUUACCUUGAAAUAUGGAUAAAAUAGUAACAAACGAAUACAACUGACAAAUUACAACAUGAUACAUGCUAAACUACCGAAAGAAUGAAUGUACAAAAAAAAAUUCUCUUUAGCAUUAGAAUAAUUCAGUAAAUUUUGUGAUUCAAUGUUAAAGAAUAAAAUCUUUCAUGAGUCAAUCUGACAAAUGACCUUUCCUUAGGGACACCAAAUUUGGGGCACUGGUUCCUAGAUGGUUCUGAUUCAGAUGUAAGGUUAGUAUAACAUAUAAAUAACCUAUUGAAGAAAUAUGAAGGUAAUGAUUUUGAUGAGGAUGAUGAUGAUGAUGAUAAUGAUGAUGAUGAUGAUGAUGAUGAUGAUGAUGAUGAUGAUGAUAAUAAUAAUGACAAUAAUAAUACUCAUGGUCAUCAUCGUCGCCUUUGAUCAUAGAAGAUUUAUCCAUGAUAAUGUUCUUCAUGCAUUGAUAGAUAUUCACAAGUCACUUUUUGCAUCAAAGGAGAGUCCCUCCACAUUUUCUCGUAGCUUUCAAAAACUUUGAAAGAUUUCUUGUGGUAUGCUUCUUUUAAGCUUAAUAUUUCAUAUUGAUUUAAACCAGAGGCAAACCAUCCGAACUGUUCGAGGCAUCGUGAUGUCACGUGCGACAUGUGAUCCCAUUAUAUCAACAUUUGGGAUCAAAAGGUGCAAAAUUCUAUGUUUUGUGAAGCAUUUCUACCGAUCACUUGAAUGAAAUGUAUGGGAUCACAUGUCGCGCGUGACAUCACGAUGCCUCGAACAGUUUGGAUGGUCCGCCUGUGUUUAAACAUUAAUUGUUCUAAUUUUCAUUUCGUAGAUUUUUUGGUGCGGUUAACUACACUGAAGGUUGGUGCCUUGGAAGUAAAGCUGCGUAUUUCAGUCAAAAAGGCUCCUUUGUCACUGUGCCCAAAGUAAACAUUACAAACUGCGACUUUACAAUUGCUUUUUGGAUUAAAUCCGAUGGUAUUGAGGGACCUUUAAUGGCGAUUUGGUCUGUGAGCGGAAAACUAUUUUACGCGGCAAUAAAGAAUUACAGUGUCAUCUUGUCGAUACAUAACACUAUAGCAAAAGCAAACUUUGCAAUCAGUGAAUGGAAUCAUGUUGCCAUAACCUGUGAGGAGUCUAAGAUCAAGGUGUUUGUAAAUGGAACAGAAAUUUUAACGAAGGAACAAUGGAACGAGUUCUUCUUCUUAUCGUCAGACCAUCUUGAGACGGAAAAUGUGUUAGGAAAUCAUCCAGUCCUGUUCAAGUUGCCAUUGGUAAAUAAACCUUUCGUUGGGGCACUGAUGGACCUUCAUGUACUCGAAACUGCUUUGUCUGCAAAUCAGAUUUCUGACUUGAGCAAAGGUAAUCUGUUGUUAUUAGGGACUUUCACCAAAUGAGUUUUUUAGUGACGCACGUCGACCGGAAGUGAGUCGUUUUCGCUCUUGAUACAACUUGACGCUGCCAAAAUCGUAAUGCUUCGUUGUCUUACUCUUAUAAGGGACUUUAAAAGAAUUAAACCGAAUCCCUUGUAGCCUACACACAAGUAAAUAAUCAACUGAAGACGAUAUAUUUUUUUGUGAACCUAAGGCACACCGAAAACUCCGGUUAUUAACAAGAAGGAAAGCAAGAUAAAUGGUUGCACAGUGAACCUCACAUGGAGUCGUGACGUGUGUGCCACUACGAAGAACACCAUACGCUUUAGGGUGAUAAAUCCACAGGGCUACAGAGCAGAACGCCGGGUGGAAGAGCAUACUUCGGCGAAAUUAUAUCAUCUAUUAACACUUGACUGCGACAAAAUCUAUCAGAUUGAAGUUUCUUCGUGGAUUGGAAAACUCCAGAGCGACUGGUCUACUCCUUGGCAAGUUCAAAUUAACUCACCUAAGAUAAAGCAGGAAACACAAGACGUCUACUGUAAGUACCGCAAGGGAACAAAAUAUAGAUUGCCUUAACCCAAGCUGCACUGGCGUUCCUCCUCAGAAAGCAUUCUUAGGGCCUCGUCACGCGUCGUUGCGUGAUUAGUCAAAACACCGUCUACGUGGAAGGCAACUUCCGCCACGACAAGUGAGGCUUUAUAUCCGUUCAGAGCCGUAAGGUCAUGGAUGAUGCCAUAAAUAAGAAACAAACCAGAAAAUGCCGGCCGCAAGGAAAAUCGUCCUAGAUGUACUUAUAAUUCAUCUCUCUAUUAUCUUGAACAGGGUAAAUGGAAGAGCAGGUCAUUGCCACAAUAAUGACCGGCGUUUAAUAUAAGUCGCGUUCAAACGAACGAGAAAAUUCUGUACCUUACCCUACGCGCACGGUAAUUAUUUUUCAGAAGAAGGCCUAACUAACUGAUUAUUAUCCUAUUUAUAAUCUCCGUCAUUUUUUUUUAAUAUAGGGAGACUCUACCUAAUGAAGUCGCAAAAAUUCCGAGAAAGAAGCUUCGCUACCCGAACUGAGAAAACAGCACGAAAUUCCAAGGCAAAAGCAUAGUUACUUGAUAUGAAUAAAAAAUCAUUUAAAACUUGAAAAAUCAAGUCAAAUUAUAAAGCCAUCUUUUUUACAACAGACCUUUUUUGGCCACUUCCGCAGGUGAGAUGGGGAAAACAAAAUAGAUUUUAAAAGUGAUAUAUGCAAAAAGUUCAGAAUGCAAAAAAAUACAAAAACAAACUCCCCUAACCGAGACAAUAACACCUAUCCUCUUAUGGAUGGCGUACAUAUAAAUUGCAUAAAUUCCAUAUCUUUUUUAUUAAUUUAUUUCUGUCUUUCCAGCUAACGAUCACGCUAUAAAAACGUUGGGAAUAGUUCUUGGAAUCACUGCUACUCUUGCGGCAGCAAUUCUCGUAGGGAUCUACCGAAGGAGGCAAAAAAGGGAAGAACGGUAUGCUUAAAUGGCACUGAAAAGUCAAGAGGGAUUACUCAACGCAUGUUUACAAAGUUGGACACUAAGGGAAAGUUCAUUUAAUAUGACAAGGGGGGGGGAUGAAGAUAUUGAAACUCGAAGCUUGAAAUUUUAGCAGCCCCCCUCGCUAGCGGUUCAAUUUUUUAGGAGCCCCCUCCUUGGUAGUCGAAAAAAUUUCAGAGCCCCCCCUCCUCCUCCUUCAAUUCCUUUGCUCCCCUGAAAAAAGAUCGCUAGACUAUAUUACAUAUAUUUACCGUUAUUGUCUUCAAUGGUUUAUACUAUGACAAAACUUGAGAUACAGUUGUGAUGCAAUUUUCUAAAGCAUUUUUGAGAUGAACAAGAGUGUAAUAAUUACUGANCCCCCCCCCCCCCCUUGUCAUAUUAAAUGAACUUUCCCUAACACUGACACUGGCGUCAUAUCCGACAAUUUCUUCGAAAAGUAGUUCUCCGAGGAAAUAUAAUAGUUUUGCUCGGACUCGAAAACCGAUUUGUCGUCUUUUUUUUUGCGCGGUGUAUUUUCCGAUUGACGGAAGAUCUAAAUACGAAAUCGGGCCAACUUUUCUGUUCACCAUAUGUUUUCGUUACAAAACCAGGCAGACAAACCGUUAAGUAUAAACUGGCCUUUAAAUUAUACAUUACAAUAUGUGCUACAUGCCGUAACCUUAAAAGGAAGAUACAGUGUAUUUCUUUCGUUUGUUUGUUUUGCUACGACAGGUACGUAGCGUGCUCGGGCUAGAACGAAGACAGACAUGCGCACUGGUCCCCCGUUUCAACUUUAAGUCAAAUUGUACUCAAGAAAAUCGAGUGACUUCUAUUGGUCUCCAUAAAAAAGGAAUUUUCCGUAAUGUGUCUAAACAACAGAGGCGGCGGAGCCUUUCGAAACGUGGGGGUGGGGGCUUAUCAAGCGGUCUUUUAUGCACGGGUUUCCCCGUUCAAAGACCCCAAUAAGGGCGAAACAGCUGACCACCGUCUUGUUAGCUCAGUUAAGAUGCGCCGGCCCGCUGAGCGCGUUGUUCGUCAGCACAGGCAAAUCUCUUUGUAAUCUUCACAGUGUCUAGUGUGAAGUUUGCGAUUUGUGACAAUGCAUCAGCAGGCAUUUGUUUAGGCAGUCCUGAUUCAUGAUGCUUUUUAGGUGGCAAAUCGUCUAGUGAGGGCACGAAAUGUGCGCUUUGCAGUUGCCGAUGUCACAGGUAAUGGCGAAUACAUCCGUAAUGGCGAUUACGGACUAAAACGGGGGGGGCCCUGAUCCCCCCCCCCCCCAAAUUUUUCCCGGGGGGGGGGGGGCAGGGACCACCCUGCUCCGCCGCUUACGUAGUAAGAAAAACCGUUCUUCAUACGCUGUUUCUUCAUACUUCGAUCAUGUACAAAACAAUUUUUUUUUACUAAUAUUGGAUAUUUCUUAUUUAGAUCCAAGAAAGAAAUUGUCCAUUUUAUGUCACUGGAAGUCCCACACGAAUUUUUAGGGUGUCCUGAUUCUAGUUGGUUUUUGGGGGGGAAAUGGUCUAGGGGGGGCCAGAAAUGUGCGGUUUUCAGGUCGCGAUGUCACGGGUAAUGGCGAAUACCCCCGUAAGGGGGAUUACGGGAUAAAAGGGGGGGGGCUCUGACCCCCCCCCCCCCCAAAUUUUUCUCGGGGGGGGGGGGGGGCAGGGACCACCCUGCUCCGCCGCUUACGUAGUAAGAAAAACCGUUCUUCCUACGCUGUUUCUUCAUACUUCGAUCAUGUACAAAACAAUUUUUUUUUACUAAUAUUGGAUAUUUCUUAUUUAGAUCCAAGAAAGAAAUUGUCCAUUUUAUGUCACUGGAAGUCCCACACGAGCGAGUAACCAUUAUGGGGGAACUUGGUCGAGGGGCUUUUGGCAAGGUUCAUAAAGGUGUAAUGAAGGAGGUAACAAACGCAAAUAUAUUUCCAGAUACCAGUAAAAGAAAUCCAAAUGUACAUUCCAAGGACAGGCUACGAACAUUGAAGGACAAUGAAGGACGAAUUGUUGCUGUUAAAGUCCUUCUUGGUGAGCUACUAGGCCAUUUUCGAUGAAUGUUUACAAAUCAUGUUCGACCAGCACGUUGUUAACGUAAAUAAAGUUUGUGUAACUUUAGUAUAAUCGAAGUUCACUUCCAUGUGGGAUCAAGGCUUGCACUUGCAAUAUAGAAUAGCUUAACUUACAUGUGACAGACGUCUUGCUGAUGCUGAAGCUAAAGUCUAACCUCCAUAAUGGCCACCUCUCUACAACGGCCACUAUUUUUUGUCCCUGGGGACAGUCUAUACAAUGAAUCUUGUUUAAACGUCUUUACAACGGCAACGGCCACAAACGCAUGUCCCUAACUGUCAAAAUAACCUGUCGACAACGGCCAGUUUUGCCGCCGACUGAUGGAAAAGUCAAGAAUGAUCAUGGAAGUUGAUCCGCAUCUUUUUGAUUGUGUUCCAUUUAUACUGCUGCAGUAAGUAUAAAUUGUCUCCGAUACGUCUAGCGAAUACUGCGAACUUUGCUCGUUUCGUCCCGUUAACAUUUUGACUCAAAACAUCGUUCAAAUUUUUUUGUGUAUUCUAUCUGAUAUAUAUUACAUAUGAUUGGAUUUCUAUAAUGGGAUACAGUAAGCAUGAACUUAGCACACUAAACACGUGGUACUCCCAUUAACGGCCACCUCUCUACAACGGCCACUUUCUUCUGUGGAAGACCUUAGAUAAAAACCACCUCAACCAGGUUGUGGCAUCCAGCGGUUUUAGUGGAAACAAGGGUUUGGGUAGGGUGCUCAGUAUCGCCGGCUCAUAAAACCUGGUCUCGGUCGUUCUUAUUGAAGGAUUUUCUUCUCCUGUUGUCAAAGAGGCCGUUGUGGAGAGCUUCCACUAGCUGUAUUUUUUGCGUAUUGUUGUUCUCAAGUUAAAAAUCUAUUCAAUUGGUGCUCCAUGCAGGACCGGAGUCUUCCUGUUCCUCUGCGAUACAAGGUCUCUUCUGCUUGAGACUUGCGCUUAGUCAAUAUGCCCUUCAUCAUCACUUCCUUUGCAUGGUUAUAUACGCAGUUCAUAAACCCUCUCGAUAUUGUUUUUCUUGACUGAUUUUAACUGAUAUUCUUUUUUUCAUUAUAACUCCCGUUUGUGUUUAGAAAAUGCUGGAGAGGAGGAAAAACGACAGUUUCUUCAGGAAAUUGACCUCAUGAAGGACGUUGGAUCGCAUCGAAACAUUCUUAGCAUGCUCGGUUUUUGGAUUCGGUCGGAGCCCAUCAUGUUGAUCAUGGAGUAUGUUCCUCACGGAGACCUUCUACAGUGGCUUAGAAACAAAAGACAGCAAAUAAAGCUUGUUACUGUAUGUAUCGAUUUUUGCAAUUUUUACCCUAAUAACAAAAUUUAUAUCAGCUUAUUUGUUGCCCCGUUAUAUUUCCUAUAAAUGUAUAGCCUGGAACAUUUCUCAAAAUAUUACGUAAAUUCAAGUUUUUUGAACAUGUCUUCAAUUCCUGUUAACUAAUUUAUGAAGCAUUGAUAAUACAACAAGAAAAAUGAUAACGACUCUUUGGGUUAAAAAAUGAUAAAUAAAAGGGAGAGUAGACACUUGGGCAAAAGGGCGGACGUAUAUGCCCUAAUCAAAGGUUUUCCUCUAAUUUGUUUUAACCUGAAUUUGCGGUAAAAUUCAGGGUGACAGCAAAGAUCAUGGCCAUUGAAAAUGAAGCCACUAGCAGCAACGCCAUUUCCCACAAGAUUUCUUUCACCUCGCAGAGCUUGUCGCAGUCUAUAAUGAAAGACUUUUGCAUAUUUAAAACAUGUAAGGAGAGCCAAAACCACUGGGGAGAAAGAAACACUCCUUUAAUUUUAACACGGCAAAUAUAUGAAGUUGGUUUUACAUUCUAUAUCCAAAAGUUGAUAUCGUUUUUUUGAAAACCGGUAAUUUAUUUGGUCUGAAAUCAGAAAAUUUUAUUUUUAAAGAAAGAAAUAUCUUAAGCUGUAGCUAUACGCUCUUCUCACGUAUGGUAAUAUGCCCGUCUAACCUCGUUUUUGAGUAAAAAAUCCUUUGAAAUGCUAAUCAGACGACGUUUUCGUAUCUGAAUUUCAAAAGAAUUUUUAUCCGUAAACGAGGUUAGACGGGCAUAUUACCAUAUGUGAGAACAGCGUAUGUCGUGUGGUCAUGGGCUUAUGUCUGUGUAGAAAAUGAUCUUUUUUUACUCUGGUAAAAUUGCUUCACCAGUCUAUACUAUAUAGAAUAUUAAUUUGUAGACCUAAAUCAUGUUUGAACUACUUGCAGCUUACAAAGGAGAAUAAUGACCAUAGCGACGUCUUAGAAAGUCAGAAGAAAAACACGGAUGGUCAGGAGAUAAAACAAGGAAAGGUCAACAAUGAAAAACAAGAGGAAAAUGCCUCCAAGCAACUGCAAGAACUAGAAAAUCUGCACAAAUCCAAGGAAACCUAUGUUGACACCAAGGUUGAGCGCCUGCUUGAAAUACUACCUCCAUGUUCAACUUUGGAAAAAGAAGAGACAACAUCGCUGGGGCAGAGCUCGAGAGAUCUCCCAGAAGUUGCUACAAGCCUUGUUAUGGAAGGAAGCCAAGGACCCUCUCAUCAGCUCACGAACUAUGACGGAUCGAAGGGAAGCGAUGGAAUAACCUUGACUAUAGAAACAGAGGAUAGGAACGGCGAUGCUACUCAAAAGCAAACGGAAAUAGAAAGUUCGGGAAACGAGAAAGGCAAGUCCAAAGGUGAUGCCAUGAAAGUAUACGUAUCAUCUCCAGAAACCAAACUUGGCAAAGAAAACGAAAAGAGGGUACUGUCAUUACCACCGAUCUUUAAAGACAACCAGUUUCCUCAAUCCCAUAAAAGGACCACAGUGAAAGCCCCUACAGAGCACGACGAAGGCACUUGUGACAUCGACAGUAAAGAUCACGUUUUUUCUGCAGAUGAUAUGAUGAGUUUUGCGUGGCAGAUUGCUAAGGGAAUGGUAGGUUAAUUCUUUGCCAUGGGAAAUGCUUCCGAAAAAUAAAGAUUUUUUUUUUUUUUUUUGCCCAAGGUCUAAUAUAUAUUCGACGGCGACUAUACCGUGAAAUAGGGGCACCUCUGAAACUAUCGCACGUAUACUACAACCUCACAACAUACGCGUUGCACACAAACCGAUAACCACUUUACGACGACGAAUUACCAACGUCAAGGACAAAAGACAAACUGGAGGACAGACAGGGAGCAGUUUACAAGAUAAAAAGCUACAACUGCCAGGCUACUUACAUUGGUAAGACCGGCAGAAACCUUAGCACGCGACUGACUGAACACAAACGAGCGACAAGAAAUGGUGACGUCAACAAUCACAUUGCUAAACACCAUUUACAGACGAAACAUCAAAUCGACUCGCAUUACGUACUGUACAUACUACUAUCAACGACUCACUUUAGAAGCCUGGUUUACAAACUUAGAGCAAAUCCCACUGAAUCGUAGUCAACAGUUACCGGCACCAUACAAGUUACUAGAGAAUGACUGGGCGACCGACAAUUUGACUAACAAUAAAACACUGUUAAACGGUGACAAUAGACGGAUCGAAACGCACCGUAGUCUUCAAAGAGUCUUCGUAGCUAAUAACAUUACGGCUUAAUUGGCAGACGGCCAAUAACAAAGCGACUUAAAUGACCAAACAGGUCAAUUAUCAGAUUUUAACUGACGUAAUCCAACUCACUUUGACUCUGAAGAUGACUCCCGCACAGGUUGUCGAAACGUCAGUCAGUGUCAAAAUCAGUCCUUUUCAAGACUUCGUUCAGCCGAACGAUCAAGGUUGAAACUACUUAUGAAAUGACUCCUGGGUUCACACCUUUCACAGCUAAAAUAAUCUGUUGCCCACAAAAAGGGGUUUAAAACUACUCAAAAAAUGGCCUUACCUUGUUAUGUUUUGUCAGAACUGGUAGCCAUGGUAACAGGCAAAAUCUGUCUAAGAAGUAAAUAAACAGCUUCAGUGAAGAAAUGGGUUCUGGCAAAGGGCUACCAGGUAGAUAGAAAACACUAAGUUUUUAUCAAACUUCCUUUAGGAAUACUUGGCCAGUAAAGGAUUUGUUCAUCGUGAUCUGGCAGCCCGUAACAUCUUACUUGGUGAAAACAAAGCGGUGAAGAUUUCUGAUUUUGGUAUGCUACGCCGCACAGGUGAAAGUGAGAUAUACAAGGUGGCAACCGUUAAGAAACUGCCCAUAAAAUGGACAGCACCUGAUUCAUUGCAGACUGGAAUUUUUACUUCCAAGAGUGAUGUGUAAGUUAAAUAAAAAAUUUUUGCAAGGUUUCUUAGGCCUGUUAUCACCUACAACACAGGUAUAUGAACGAGCCAAAUACCAAGACGUAAACAGAGAAACCCACUACUGGGUCAUUUCCUUCCUAUGCGUUGUUCACCAGAGGCAUUUUUUGGACAUUUUCCUUAAUAAAAGCUCUUCUAAUAGAUGUUCUAAACAUUAAUGGCUAACACGUACCAUUAUCAGUUACCAUCCCUUUCUUUUUAAAGGCAGGGGUCUGGGUUCGAAUUUACUCUACGAUUUUAGAGCCUGUGUUUAAACCCUUUGUUCCCAGUUACACAAUAGGCCACUCUCACGAUGGCGUCAUUUUACAACUAUUACCAGAAUCCUUCAGGGUUUUGCUUCAAUGUGCAAAUUGGGUUUACCAAAUUAAAAUACCAAAGAAAAAACGAAAUGAAUUCUGGUCUUAGAAGUAAAAAGACGUCACCGUGCAAAUGGCUUAUUUACUGUAUUUCUCUCCGGGGAUGACUACCAUUUAAGGGCCACCCUCCACUGAGUAAAACUCUGUGUCACUGCAUGCUUCGCUAAGAAACUCGUGAUGAAUAGAAUCACAGCAAGUGGUCAGCAGGCUGUUAAUUUGUUCAUACCAAGAUACCGUUUUGAACUGUAGCAUGCAAUAAAACUAUUGACCUUUCCGGCUACAUUUGGAAAAAAUGCAAUUAUUGAUGUAAGGAUUCGCAGGCAAUCAAUCAAUCUUCCUCUCAUACGAAUUUUUUUCAUUAUAAUUUUUAAUAUUUUCACCUAUUAUUUGUUUUCAUCAUACCUUGUUCUUUAGAUGGUCCUUCGGAGUUGUUUUGUGGGAAAUGGCUACCAUGGGUAAGAUAUAUUAAAUGCUUUGACUGAUGUUAGAGUUAUAAUGAUCGUCCAUUGCAUUUCUUUGUUUGUUUUAUUAACAACGUAAUUUCGUAUCCAGAUCUCCCGUCGACGGAGCCGAGGGAGAGAUCUGGUCAAAUCCGUACGCCACGUGCUCGCCGGUCAGGCGCACUGAUUUAUAAUAAAGUCCAGAUAUAACGCGUACUCUGGUUGGUUGCAAAUGCAUGCUUUAUGAGAGUAUAAAACACACAGUUAAAAGUGUCGCACCAUCUGCCGAAAGUUUGUUUUGAAAAUUAAAAAGUGAUGUAUGAAGAAUUUAACGGAUUCUUUAUCAUGAAACAAAUAAAGAAGCCUUGACACUGUGCUCUGUUUUGUUGAAAAGCACGCAGGAAACGGCAAGAGAACGAAAGUAGGGAGAAACACUCCACUAGGUCUCGGUUUCCUCAACUGUUCUUUCGUGCUCUAGCUGCUUCCGGCGUGCUUUACAACAGAACAGAGUAUAGUCGAAGCUUUUUUAUUUUAUCUUUUUUUACUUGACCUGAUCUCGCCCUCGGCUUCGUCGACGAGAGAUCUGGGUACAAGAUCACCAUCGUGAGUCAAUGGUCACAUGGUCAUGCGCCACAAUAACUGACAGUUUUUGACAGACGUAAUGGUAGCUUAAAAGUUCUCUGAACCUUCCCCAAUGAUAUUUAAAUUGAACAUUUUAGGUGGAACUCCUUAUCCCAGAAUCAACCAUGCCCAGUUGUACAAUCUCCUUAAGAAGGGGUAUCGUAUGGCACAACCAAACACUUGCAGUGAUGAAAUGUAAGUAAACCUAUUGCAAAUGACUCGCAAAAUAAAUGUACCAAACGAGAAACACAAUAUCUUUUAAAAACAACAUUGUUACGCUAUAGGCAUGAUCAUGUUUAAAACGUUCAUAACAAGGCCGUUUUUUUCGGCCACUUCUUUAAGUUCAUCGAUGAAACGCCAAGGGUAUAGUACAAUUUAGUAAAAUCCAGCUAGUGGUCUAUUAUCAAUGCUGCGUUCUGAUUGGUUGAGCUACUACUAGGCUAUAUGUUAUAGCCCACUAGUAGCGGAAAGCGCCGGCUUUUGGCGGCAAAUAAGGAUUAAAGUCUAGCUUUAAGUAGCUAAAACUUGUUUAUUCUUGAUAUUUUUGACCAACUAGUUGGAUUUUACUAAAAAAAUUAUUCCUCUCGCCCUCAUGGCCUCUAAGUCAAUAGCCCAUUCAGCCUUCGGCCUCAUGGGCUAUUGACUCAGAGCCAAGAGACUAUAAAAAGGGCAGAGAGGGCAUCCCCCAUAUACACCCUAUUCCAUAGGUAAUUCGUCUCGAGUUAUUUUUAACACCACAGAUCUCAAGGGGGAUUAGACAACAGCCAAUCACAUAGCGCGAAUGUGUUCCGCAUGGAUGACCCAAGCUGAGAGCCACGCGUCCUUCACGAAAUGACGCAGAACAAAAUGGGGGAAGACGCGGAGAGCGAUUUUGCUAUUCCUUUUGUCGACGAAAACGACUACAGCGAGAUUUCUGCGAAAGCUAAGUCAGCGAAACCGAAAUUAAAAAAGAAUCACCCCUCCUCUCUUGUAUAGAGCUAACAGUAGAGCAGGGAAAUCUUUAACACACUGAAUAUUCUCUCAGGAUCAUUUAUAAUUUACAGUUUGAAGAGAGCAAUUUCUGGUUUGAUGUUUAUUUUUUUCAGUGUUUAUAGCAAUUAUUCCUACCCACUUACUUUGUCAAUUGUAGGCGAACCCUCCUAAAGCUGAAUUUCAAGGGACCAUAUUCAGGCUCAGAAAGAGAAAUAAAAUUUCGUCGUUGCUUAUUUACGUCCCCCAUAAAACGCGAAAUUAGGCAUUUUCACGUCGUAGUCGUGCAAAAACGGGAAAGAAAUGAACAAAAAAGUGUGUUGCACGUGCGAAAUUGUUGUUUUGCUAAUUAAACCUAUUGUUUUUUUGACGUUUUAGUUGUCGUCCGCGUCGUUGGAUCUUAAACUCCCUAAAUUGUACAAACGACUGGUUUCAAUAGACCGGCGAAAUAUCUCAUUUUAUUAAAGCAGUGAGGUUACGACAACUUCGAGUUAAACUGAUUUCAUGGGUUGUCAAAGAGUCCAGCGAUUCCUUUUUCCCAGGUGAGCGCUGACUCAUUUCGCUUCAAUAUUCAGUGAUGCUCUCGAUCUUUUUACGCUUUCAUUGCCUCUCGCCCGACAUGUUUUGCACGGCGUUUGGUCAUGCGAAACCUCCACGAAACAUCCACGCCUCGCGCGAGGUAACUUUAUCCCGAUUCUAAAAAUAACUCGAGACGAAUUACCUAUGGAAUAGGGUGUAUAUGGGGGAUGCCCUCUCUGUCCCCUUUUUAGUCUCUUGCUCAGAGCCCAUUCGGGCUCGAGGAAUAACUGUUAAAUACUUCGAUUGACUUUAUCAUGACAAUCAUGACUCUCUGGCAGGCACUCAUGCGACUUGAUUGCGACAAAAAAAAAUCGGUGAAACUGGCGAAUAUAACGCCAACGCAAGUAGAUCGGAGGCAGAAAAGAACCAGGCUUAACUCAUUUACGUUUCUUUGAAGUCAUAAACGUUAAGAACUACCUGCUAAUGUUCCGCUUUAAAAUGGAUAAUUUCAUCCCUUCUAUACUACUCACAAGGGAAAUUCGGCACAACAUGGCAUUGUAAAUAGCUUGAGCCCAUCAUUGGUCUCUAAUUAGGUUGUCUUAUGGAAAAGAUUGUUGUUAACAGUGAUUGCCUAUUCGACAACAGUGAUCAUCAGAGUUCAAAAAGAGUUACGUGUCGUAGCUUGACGACAAUUUUGGCUAGCGUCAUAAUUGGCCAACUUGAACAAAGCAUAAACCAGCAUAAUUUCUUCUCGACAGAUACAAGUUAAUGCUGGACUGCUGGAGGGAUGAUCCGAAUGAACGACCCUCAUUCACCGAAAUGAUACCAACCCUUGAACAAAUGAUGACAGCUGAUACCCCAUAUUAUGAUUUUACACUGUUAGAUGAGACCCAGGAAUGUUACAAUGAUCAAUGCCCCAGCACCAGCGAAACUUUCGACACUCUCUUGUGAUGACUCCACAGUGAGUCGACCUGACGUGUCACUCUGUUAACGGAGGGCUAGUUUUCAGAUUACUCAGUCUAG